AUGCACCCGUUAAAAGCACCGAGUCCUGAUGGAAACAGGGUGAAGAAGGUGUUACCAAGUGUGAUUGAUGAGGAACAAAGCAUGUUUGUUCAAGGGAGACUUAUUACGGAUAACAUUCUAGUUGCGAUGGAGUGUUUCCAUUGGAUGAAGAAGAAAAUGAAGGAAAAAAAGAUUUUGAUGAACGAAAAGCCUAGCAAGACUUUUAAUCCCGAAAGAGGGCUCCAGCAAGGAGACCCCAUUUCGGCUUACCUGUUUGUUAUUUGUGCAGAUGUGUUAUCUGGGUUGUUGAAGAAGGAAGCAGUGGGUGGGGGGAGUAUUCAUGGAACUCAAGUGGCAAGGCGUGCUCCCAAAAUCUCUCACCUCUUUUUCGUAGACGAUAGCAUCCUGUUUUCCAGAGCUAGUGUUAAGGAAGUAGAGAAAUUAUUAGAGGUCCUUACAACUUAUCUGAAAGCUUCUAGCCAAGUGGUGAAUCUCGAGAAGUCAGAAGCCUCUUUCAUUCGAAAUAUGCGUGAUGAAGUCAAACAAAUGAUCCAUAAUAGAAUGUGGAAUAGAGACCUUGUGAUGCAAUGCUUUAACAGGAAUGAGGCGCUUCAGGCGAUAAGUAUCCCUCUAUCAAUCAGAAAUCCCAUGGACUCUUUAAUCUGGUAUCGAGAAAGGAACGGGGAGUAUUCUGUAAAAUCUGCUUAUCAUUUGAUUAAAGGGAUGGAGGAGGCUGAAGGAGCUGGCCCGUUGAACCGGCUGAAAGAGACAAUUUGGAAAGUUCGGAUGUUGCCCAGAAUAAAAAACUUUGUAUGGAGAUUAUGCAAGGAUAUUCUGCCAACAGAGGCAAAUCUGUUGAAAAAAGGUAGCUGUUUUGAAACUUUAUGCCCUCUCUGCUCUGAGGCCCCUGAAUCUUCGUCACAUUUGUUCUUUUUGUGCCCUUUUGCCAAAAGGGUGUGGUUCGCAUUUCCCACCAAUACAAGGGUACCCGAAAAUGUGGAUGUGGUCUCAUGGAUGGAGGAAUGUUUGGGAGGGAAAGAGGUGAGAGUGGAUCAACUGUUAUGUAUUUGUUUGUGGAAAAUAUGGGGGGCGAGGAACAAAAGAGUCUUUGAUGGUAAGGACAGUGAUCCCUAUUGUGUAGCCCAAGAUGUAAUGGAUGCUGCAUGGGAGUGUGAGGUGGCUGAGACUUGGUAG